CUUUAGUUUCGUAAAGGCGUCCUCGUCGUCGUUCUAAUAUUUUCUCUCUCCAUCUCGUCGAUGAGCUCCGUUCGGAAAAUUGUUGUUCAUCUAAGAGCUACAGGAGGUGCUCCAAUACUGAAACAAAAUAAGUUCAAGAUUUCAGGGACGGAUAAGUUUGCUAAAGUGAUUGAUUUUCUAGGAAGGCAGCUUCACUCUGACUCAUUGUUUGUGUAUGUAAACAGUGCUUUCUCGCCAAACCCUGAUGAGUCAGUAAUUGAUCUAUACAAUAACUUUGGGAUAGAUGGGAAACUGGUGGUGAACUAUGCUUGUUCCAUGGCAUGGGGAUAAAAAACGAGAAUGUACUUCACAUGCAUCAUGUCCAAUGAUGGGAUCUGCAAAAGAUGAUACUGCUGCUACUUUUGUUUGCUAGGAUAAUCGAAAGUGUAGUUGGAAACUUGUUUGUACAUUCAUAGGAAAUGGCUUUUUCAUCUUUUAAAUUUUCACUUCAGAAUAUAUACAUUACAAAAUGCAACGAUUUUAAGGGGCGGUUUCUCUAUCAUAUAAUUCCAAUCUCUAUUCUAUA